CUUUUGCAUGGAGACUCAAAGUAGCUGGAACACCUGGCCUCUUGAAUUGAUGUAUACAUAAAAUUACUAUAUAUAGAUCAGAGAGGCACAUGCAUGUUGCACAAUUAUGGAGACGCAGAAGAUUGAAGAAGAAUGGGAAAUUGACCCUUCCAAGCUCCUCAUUAAAGAUUUUAUUGCUCAUGGCACUUUUGGCACCGUUUACCGUGGCAUCUACGAUGGCCAAGACGUUGCAGUAAAACUUCUUGAUUGUUGGGAAGAUGGACAAAGGACAGAGGCAGAAAUAGCUUCUCUUAAGAAGACACUUAUUCAAGAAGUUUCUGUUUGGCACAAACUUGAUCAUCCUAAUGUGACUAAGCUAAUUGGAGCAGAUAUGGGCUCAAGAAAAUACACCAUACAGACCAAUGUUGGUGAGAUUGUGGUGCCACUUAAUGUUUGCUCUCUUGUUGUUGAAUAUCUUCGAGGCGGAACCUUAAAAACAUUCCUCUAUAAGAACAGGAGAAACAAAUUACCUUUUAAAGUUGUAGUUCAGCUGGCGCUGGAUCUUGCGAAGGGGUUAAGCUAUCUCCAUUCCAAAAUGAUUGUCCAUAGAGAUGUGAAAACAGAAAACAUGCUUCUUGAUGGUAAAUGUACUGUAAAAGUAGCUGACUUUGGCGUUGCCCGUGUUCAAGCUUUAAAUCCUAAUGACAUGACGGGAGUGACUGGCACUCUUGGGUACAUGGCACCUGAGGUUCUUAAUCGGAAGCCAUAUGAUAGGAAAUGUGAUGUAUAUAGCUUUGGAAUAUGUUUGUGGGAAAUAUAUUGUUGUGAGAUGCCAUGUCCAGACCUCGACUUAUCUGGAAUUGAAUCGGCUAUUGGUCAUCAGUAUAGUUGUCAUGUUGGAUGACACGGAUAUGGGCGCAGAAUGUGAGGCCGGUUAUACCACGUUGCUGCCCAAGGUCAUUAGCAAAUGUAAUGAGACGAUGUUGGGAUGUGAAUCCAGAAAAUCGUCCAGAGAUGGACAAAGUGGUGUCCAUGUUGGAAGCAAUCGACACAUCAAAGGGAGGUGGUAUGAUUCCUCUUCAUCACCCUCAAUCUUGUUGCUUCUUUUGGACCUUUCGUGGUCCUUGACAUUUAAAUGUAUGUAUGUAUACUAAGUACAUUAUGGUUCAAAACAGAUGGUGUUAAUUAGUAGUAGAGCGAGCAUGCACAAUAAGGAUGGUCUAUCACCCUACCACAUAUGUACUCAUUAUAUAUUGCAUUCCAUAUUCAUAAAUUCCAAUUUUUAGAGGAUUUGCAAUAUUUAAAACACUCAAGGUUCUUUAUAAUACUAGUGUCGAUUCUAU